AUGGCAACCGCGUUUGCGACGUGCGAGGAUCCCCCAAGAAUGAAUGAUGAACGCAAGAAACAUCUUGUAUCGGCACUGCUGUACUUGCGAGCUAGGCGGCAGCAUAACGAAAUGCGUGACGAAACGCAUUUCGAUCUAGACAUGGACAUAGAGGCAAGGGCACGAAUUUCAAGGCAUAUUGAGGACCAGCUACAUGCCAACAUGUUCACAAUAGCCGCCGUGAUCGCCGAUUGUGUUCCGAGAGUGCAUCGAAGACGGUGGGCCUUCGAACGCAACGAAAGGUGGUUCGAGGACACGUUGCCGCAUUUGGGGGAUUUCCAUUUCAAGCAGGCCCUGCGUGUAUCACCAAGUACAUUCCGGUACCUUGUUGAGUCACUACGUAGUCUCGAGCGCGAAGACACGAACAUGCGAGGAGCAAUAUCGCUCGAGAAACGGGUUGCUGUCGGUCUUUACAGGCUGUGCUCGACAGCAGAGGACAGGACAAUUGCACAUUUAUUCGGCAUUGGUCGAUCAACAGUGAACACACUAUUCAGGGAGUUUUGUGGCGCAGUGAUAGAGCACCUCGAAAGCGAGUGGCUACGCAUGUUGCGUCCUGAUGAAAUGGCGUCACAUAUGCGAGAGUUCUUUGCUCUCAGCGGCUUUCCACAUGCUGUCUGCGCGCUGGACGGCUGCCACUUUCCCGUCUCCCCCCCAAAGCUCCAUGCAGUUGACUACCACAACUACAAGGGGUGGUACAGCAUCAUACUCCUUGCGUUAGUGGAUCACCAGUAUCGGUUCAGGUACAUCAACCUGGGAAGCCCUGGGAGGUGCCACGACGCGCAUGUAUAUGGGCGCUCCAGACUGUGUGCUCUUGUUAAUGGUGACCAUUUCCGUUCACCUGUGACUAUCAUUGAGGAAACCCCUGUCGCACCGACAAUACUGUGCGACCAGGCAUUCCCGCUCACUGCAAAUUUGAUGAAGCCAUUUGCAAAUGCAUCGAAGGACACACCAGAGGCAGCAUUCAAUUACAAUCUGUCAAAAACAAGACGCAUUGUUGAAAACGCAUUUGGACGACUGAAAGCACGUUUUAGAUUUAUAAUGAAGCGCAUGGAAUGCCGAAUUCCGACAGCAAAACGUGCUGUCCGUGCUGCUUGCACAUUGAACAAUAUUUGUGAAGCCCUGAAAGACAGUGUAGAGCAACAGUGGCUGCACGAGGCAGAUAUAGUCGACACACAGUACGGCCAGCCUUCGCACAACACGGAUGUGUGCAGCAAUAGAGGUGAUCAAGUGAGGGGUUCACUAACAAAGUACUUCUGGAAGAAUGCUCCACACAGGAAAGAACACUAG